AACCUCCAAACAAAAUAGGCGUCUGAGGGCGUGAGCGAUGAAGUGAAGGUUUUAUUUCUAAUAGUUUGAAUUUGAUUGAAUGCGACGGUGUCUGCGGAUAGGGAAGCAGCCGCCAAUUUGGUAAAGUUGGAUUGAAAAUGGCCUACACUACUUGAUCAUCAUGAUUAUAUGGAACGUGUUGGAUACACCCAAAAUCCAAAUGGACAUACAUAAUAAGCUCAAAGAUAAACACGAAGGAAAGCUGGAAAGAAGGAAUGGCAAACGGAUCCGAUUUUUAUGCAACUGACGAGGUGAGAUGUCAAGCAAAUAUGGAUGCUAGAGAAACCAUGUCCAACCCCUGUCUUCAUCUCUCUCUCUCCCCUAUCUCCCUCUGUCAUUUCAUUUGGUUCUGGUUUUGGUUUGUGAGACCUCUCUCUCUGGUUUGGCCAUCUUUUGGGAAUUCAUGGGAGAUGUCCGAGAACCUUCUGCUGCUCCAUGCAAUGGUUCUCGGGACAUUGCUGAAGAAAAUCAAGAAAGCAAGCUUACUUCUGUGGCGGGCAGAAGAUCACAGGCUUGUUUGUCUGACCCUCUGGAAUUUCAUGACUUGCAACUUUUGGGUGCUGAGGAUGAUAGCAUAGAUGAGUCAUCUCCAAGAGGAGUUCUUGAUAAGUUCUCAACCAGUAUGGAAUCUGCAAAGACUAGAAAAGAAUCUGAAAAACCUCCGAAGACCAGCACUUCUGACUCAGAAGGCCAAAUAAAUCCCGGAGCCCCCAUUCAUUGGCGUGGCUUCUUUCGUUCGUUGAAAGAAGGACCUGCGGCACACCUUUGGACCAUGCCUCCUUUGAAAAGUGUACCAAAGCUCACCAGAAAGAAAAACAAGAGAAUUAGAGACUCUGUAACUUCUGCUUUCACUACUUUUUUCGAUGCUGAUCUAUGCUAUUUCAAAUCUUCCUGGAAGAACUUUACACUCUCAGAGCUUGAAGCUGCUACCAACAACUUCAGCCAUGAAAAUUUGAUUGGAGAAGGAGGGUAUGCUGAAGUCUACAAGGGAGAAUUGCCAGAUGGACAGCUUGUUGCAAUCAAACGACUGACCAGAGGUUCCCCUGAAGAGAUGACUACGGACUUCUUGUCUGAGCUUGGGAUUAUAGUUCAUAUUGAUCAUCCCAAUCUCGCUAAAUUGAUUGGGUAUGGUGUUGAAGGGGGAAUGCACCUUGUUCUUCAGUUGUCUCCACAUGGGAGCCUAGCCUCUUUGCUUUAUGGCUCAAAGGAAAAACUGGAUUGGGGCAUCCGAUUCAAGGUAGCUUUAGGGACUGCUGAGGGCCUGCAUUAUCUGCAUGAGGGUUGCCAGAGGAGAAUUAUUCACAAAGACAUCAAGGCCUCUAACAUAUUGCUUACAGAGGAUUUCGAGCCUCAGAUUUCUGAUUUUGGGCUUGCAAAGUGGCUACCAGAUCAAUGGACUCAUCACACAGUAGAUAAAGUUGAAGGCACAUUUGGUUACCUUCCUCCAGAGUUUUUCAUGCAUGGUAUAGUAGAUGAGAAGACGGAUGUAUAUGCUUUUGGGGUUUUGCUAUUAGAGCUCAUUACAGGACGAAUGGCUUUAGAUAGUUCACAACAAAGCCUUGUGAUGUGGGCCAAGCCUUUGAUCAUGAAGAAUAGCAUUAAAGAGCUUGUUGAUCCAACUAUUGCUGGGGCCUAUGACUCAGAAGAGAUGAACCGUGUGGUCUUGACAGCUAGUAUGUGUAUACAUCAGGAUCCAGAGGAACGACCUCAAAUGAGUCAGGUUUUGCAGAUUCUGAAGGGUGAUGAAAGCAUUUUGCAGCAGAUCAAACUACGCCAGAACUCGAGACUUCAAAGCUCAUACUCUGAGGAACCCUGUGAUCCAGACGAAACCAAUCCGGCCACAUAUUUGAAUGAUCUCCAUCGACAUAUGGAGGUUGUUUUAGGCCAUCAUGACGAAGGUUAAGCCUCUUCUGUAGUUGUCGAUGAAGUUUCAACACAUGGGUGCUGCAGAGGUGCCAUGACUGGAACUUGAUCCUUCCAUGAAUCAAUGACUGAUUCAUGGUUUAGUUUCGAACGACAUAAUGCUGUGUUCGACUCAUCGAUGAACCCUGGACUGAGGAACUGAAUCAGUCUGGGAAGAAGAAAAUAGACUGAAACAAGAGAAGGGAAAUAGUACAGAGGAGAGAGCCAGGUUAACUUGAUUAUUUUCAAUGGCAAGUUACAUGCAUUAUUAGUAUUUCUCAAGAGAUGGAGAACUAGGAUGGCCAAAAUCUCAUGAAUGAGAUUUUAUCAGAGCCAAUAUUUGUACUAAGAUUCUUAUUUUCUCAUUUCCUCCAUGUAUUGAAAUUACCAUUUCCUCA